GGUUACCCAUACAUUGCGAAGCAGUAACGUUGCUCGUCUCCUCUGUUCCCUUGCAGUCAGCAGCGCGCACCUGACUUUCGAUACUCUCUUCCACCUUUCUAUAUAAUCACAUCCUUUUACGUCUCCAGUGCUUUUUCGCGGAUUGCUAUCCUACAAAGAAGGCGAGCUCCCUCCACGUUAUAAGAAAAGGAAUAUAUUCACUGACUUCAGUAUUUAUUCAAAGAAAAUACAAACAAGAAAAUAAUUAUUGACUUGUACUUCUUGAAAUAAGGUUUGAGUAUUCACCUUUCAGUGAACAUCUAAUUAUGUACAAAUACACUCAUACAAAAUAUAGAUACAUUCGGAGUAAUUGAGUAGCAUACAAGAGGCUUUAUUUCCUAUUUCCUGUAGCAAAUUUAUCCCUCAUUUAUCAUGGCAAAACUUUUGAAUACUGAAGUGAAUAUGACGGGGAAACAAGGUUUUUGCUGGUGCUUUGGUGGCAGUCGACCUCCUGAGAUUACAAUUGAAUUUGGUCAUACACUCAAACCAAUGACACUGGAUAUACCAAUGCCAACUGAUGAAAAUGAAUUGAAUGAGAAAUUUGAAAAAUUAGUUGAAGAAUUAGAUUUAGACAAGCCUCAUCGAGAAGCUUUGUUUAAUCUACCCCCUGAGAAAAAGUGGCAGAUAUACUGCAGUAAAAAAUGGGAUGAAGAUAAUCCGAGUACAGCAACCUGGUCUGACUUUUACAUAGAAAGUCUAAAGAAAUUAUCAACGGUAUGCAUUCAGUUCAAUGAUGAACAUGAAGCUUCUCGAAGUAAAUUGGUUGAAAACCUGAAAACUGCAUUGAGAACCCAGCCAAUGAGCUUUGUGGUUCGCUUCAUUGAACUAAAUGGACUUCAGAUCAUUCUGGAUUUCCUAAGCAAUAUGGAUUAUGAGACAGCACAAAGUUCAGUACAUACAUCAAUGAUUGGGUGUAUUAAAGCUCUCAUGAAUAACUCACAAAGCAGAGCUCAUGUAUUGGCCCAUCCAAACAGUAUCAACAUAAUUGCUCAAAGCCUCAGCUCAGAAAACAUUAAAACAAAAAUAGCUGCUUUAGAAAUCCUUGGAGCCAUGUGUUUGGUACCUGGUGGACACCGUAAAGUUUUGGAAGCAAUGCUACAUUAUCAGAAGUAUGCUUGUGAAAGAGCACGAUUCCAAUCUAUAAUCUAUGAUUUGGAUCGAAGUACUGGUGUUUACAAGGAAGAAGUUGGAUUGAAAACUGCCAUCAUGUCAUUUAUAAAUGCCAUAUUGAAUUAUGGUGCUGGACAGACUCAACUUGAAUUCCGACUUCAUCUUCGAUAUGAAUUCUUGAUGCUUGGUAUUCAACCCGUUAUUGAUAAACUUCGCUCUCAUGAAAAUGCAGUCCUUGACAGACAUCUUGAUUUCUUUGAGAUGGUCAGAAAUGAAGACGAACGGGAACUUGGGAAAAAAUUUGAAUCGGUGCACAUUGAUACAAGAAGUGCAACAAAUAUGUUUGAGCUGCUGCGGAAGAAAUUAGCAUUAUCGUUAGCCUAUUCAAGUUUGAUGUCUAUUUUACAGCACAUGCUACUUAUGCCAUAUAAUAACUCUAGUAAAUGUGCUAGCCAGUGGUUGAUUAUAGACAGAGUUGUCCAACAAAUGGUACUGCAGGAAAAGAAUGGUAAAGAUCCUGAUCUAGCUCCAGUAGAGAUCAACUUUACUCAUAUAAUUCGACAGAUUGCCUGUGAAAAUGACAUAAAAUCCUUUCAACAGAAAAUGCGAGAAAUUGAGAAAGCAAAUGAUGAUUUGAAUUUAAAAAUGCAAAAGAAAGAACGUGAAUGUGAUGCAAAGACACAAGAAAAGGAGGAACUAAUAUCAACAGUGAACAAAAUGAAGACUAAACUUGAGAAAGAAAUUACAAACCAUCAGGAAACAAAACAAAAUAUUUCAGAUAUGAGUUCCUUAAUCCAUGAACUACAGGCUCAGUUGGAGAAUGAAUGUGCCGAAAAGAAGAAAUUGCAAUAUAUGGUCUCAACAGGAAGCUUACCUGAUGAUGCAAAAAUGGACUUUUCAUCUGCUUCAUUAGGCUUCAAAUCAAACAGCAAUCUUAUCACAAAUCGUACCAUUCCUCUAUCUUUGCCUCAAAAUGUUUCCAAGAAUCAUCUAAAUGCUCAAAAUGGACCAUCUUUACCACCACCUCCACCACCGCCCCCACCUCCAGUAGGAGGUCCACCACCUCCACCACCACCAAUGGCCUCAAAGAGAAAUCCUUCAGUUGAAAGCUCUACAACCACCGCUCGGAAAAAAAAUACUCCAGCUUCUUCUCAGCCAUUGAAGUCUUUCAACUGGUCUAAACUACCUGAAACCAAAUUGAAUGGCUCCAUUUGGACCAGUAUUGAUGAAGCAAAGAUGUAUAAAACACUGGAUUUGCAAGAUUUUGAAAAGACAUUCUCAGCAUACCAAAGAAAAGGUGGGCAGUUUGAAGAUGAAGAGGAUAAGAACCAAAAUGCCAAGUUGAAAGCAAAAGAAUUGUCUGUUGUUGAUGGUCGUCGUGCACAGAAUUGUACGAUUUUACUAUCAAAGCUGAAAUUAACUAAUGAUGAAUUAGCCACAGCAAUUCUGAAUAUGGAUGAACAGGAAGAUCUUCCAAAGGAUAUGCUGGAGCAGCUGCUGAAAUUUGUCCCCACACCUGAAGAGAGCCAACUAUUGUCAGAACACAACCAUGAGAUAGAUCAAAUGGCUCGAGCUGACAGAUUUCUCUUCGAAAUGGGCAAGAUUGUUCACUAUGAACAAAGGGUAAAAGCUUUAUAUUUCAAGAAGAAGUUCCAAGAGAGAAUCUCUGAUUGCAAACCUAAAAUUGAAGGCGUUAUGGAAGCAUCAAAAGAAGUUUUCAGAAGCAAGAAAUUAAAGAAACUACUUGAAAUUGUCCUAGCUUUUGGUAAUUACAUGAACCGAGGUCAACGAGGGAAUGCCAGUGGUUUCAAACUAAUCAGCUUAAACAAGAUUAUUGACACCAAAUCCAGCAUUAACAAAAACGUUACCUUAUUACACUAUCUUCUUGAGACUUUUGAGAAAAAAUUUCCAGAAAUUACCAAUCUUGAAGAAGAUUUAAGCCAUGUUAAGAUUGCUUCCAAAGUCAAUUUUAUUGAACUUGAGAAAGAUUUGGCAUUCAUCAGAAAAGGCCUUAGUGACAUUGAAAAGGAAUUAGACUUCUUGAGGUCACAUAACACAGACAGCAGGGAUAAAUUCAUUUCAGUAAUGACAGAUUUUAUAACAGUAGCUGCCUACAAUUUUUCUGAACUAGAAGAGUCCUAUGCAGAAAUGAAGCAAAAAUAUGAGAGAGCUUUGAAAUCUUUCUGCGAAGACCCCAAUCAACAACCUGAUGAAUUUUUCUCAGUACUUGAUACAUUCUUGGUAUCAUUUGCUGAAGCAAAGCAUGAUAAUGAUAAACAAAAGCUGAAGAAGGUUGAGGAAGAAAAACGGGCCAAACUGGAGCAGUCAAAGAAAGAAAAAGACAAACAAAGACUGUUGAGGAAACAAGAGUCUCUUUCAAGCAAUUGCUCUACGGAUAAAUUAACGAAUGGAGUAACAGAGAACAAUGAAAAAGGAGAAUUUGAUGACUUGAUAUCAGCUCUUAGGACUGGAGAUGUAUUUGGUGAAGACAUGGCUAAAAUGAAGCGAAUCCGGCGACGUGCUACUGCACAAACUGACACUUCCCGGGAACGAAUUAGAAAUAUCCAGUCUUAAAUAUUUUUUAUAAAAGCAGAAUUGUUCUUGUCCCCACCUUGAGGCAGCACUGCCAGUUUCUUCAUCUUUAUUUAAUAUCUAAGAAAACUAAAUGAGUGUUACCUUGUUCAGUCCUUUAAUUCAUUGCAAAAUUCUCUAAUGUGUCACAUCUACAAUUCCUUCAUGGACCAAAAUCUACAAUGAGACUUGCUGAUUAUUGAUAAUGAACUAUUACAUUACAAAUCAUUCUGAAAUAGCUGGAAACACUUGUAGAUCUGUUAUGUGUUUGUUUGUUUCUCAAAGUUUAUAUUGAUUUUUGUCCUCUGUGUUUUCUUCCUUGUUGUUCCUAAUAAUAUUGACCUUCCCUUUCUACCUUCAGAUUGAGGAACUGAGACUUCUAUUAUUUUGAUAGAAAUUUAAGAAUAAUUUGUUGCUUAGACUUAUUGGAAACGCCUGCUUUUUAUUGGUUUUUCAUGUAUGGGUGAUUUUUGUAGUAGCAAAUAUUACAGAAAAUACUACGAAAAUGACUAAAAGUAAAGAAUUUGAGAGAAAGAGAAAAGUUGAGAGUAUGAAUAAAGAAGCAUGUAUAAAGAGGAAAUCAUCCAAAAAUUUGAUUAAAUGUGAAAUAUCUGCAAGAAAUUUUGAUAGAAGUUUAAAGACACUAAUUAAAUUAGAUAAAAAAAGUUAGCUGAAUUUUAAAAAAGGGAAAAAUAUUAAGUAAUAUUAACUAUAUUAACUUUAUAACAUACCUUCAAUUUCACUCCAUUUCUUGUUUUGAAGUAAGAUUUACUUGUCUUACGAAAAAUAAAUUAUUUUAAACAACACCAACUGAACGACAGAAGCUCAAAUCAAUAUCAGCUGAAUCAAAAGUCAAAUUAUAUGCUUACUUUGAUAUUCCAUAUGGUAGUUGGAACUCCAUAUGAAAGUAUUACCCCUGCAUUCAUAAACAAUUCAGUUUUAUCAGUUGUCUGGAGAGCCAAAACUCCAAUGUGCACUUUUUUUGUUUUGUUAGUUUUUAAUUGAGUUGCUGGUGAGACUUAACACAUCUAAACUAACAUAUUGACCUAAAUCUCUGAUCUUUUCUUUUUCAUCAGUAUCUUGAGAAAAGAUACACUGAUAAACAAUUCAUUCAGAAUAUAAAUGAAUAUGUAGAGUAAUUAUCUUUUCUGUUUUUAAUCCAACACAAACACACACAUUUUUGUUCUGUCAUCCUCUCUCUUCUAUUUAUAUUUCCUCUGUAAAUACAGGAUAUUUAAAUGAAUGUUGUGAAAGCUUAGAAACAAAAUUAUUAUGUUUUAUUCACUUAUGGUUUUUCAACAAUUUUUAACCACAGUUAUAUAUAUCAGUUGUGUGUGUGUGUGUGUGUGUGUGUAAAGAUUUGAUAAAACAAAUUGCAGAAAUAGAAUUCAAUGUGUGUGUGUGUGUGUAUUUUCUCAUGUUUUGUUUUGCCUCUCCAAUAAUACUCUAAAUAGUUUAAAAGUAACAUUUCUUUUUAAUCCAAAUUUAUAUUCAGAAAGAUACCAAGAAAAAUACAUGAGAACUUAUUAUAUAUGAUAAAAUUUAAUAAAUGUUAUUUAAAAUAUCAA